ACAAAUUGUCAGUGUGGUGCAUUGGUGGUAAAACCGUUAUUUCUCCUAAAAAAAGCUAUUCUUUGUUACCAAAACGAAGUCAUCUUGAGCAGUUAGUUGUAAGCACGCAGGAUAUCAAGAACAUUUCAUUGUAAUAGCCCAAAUUAUCACAGGAAACGUCUGAACAUAAUGUUGCCAACCAAGAUGGAGGUGGAGCCAGCAAUCCACAAUGAACGACUGACCAAAAAACUCCAAUCAUUUUAUGAAAAUGGAACUAUGUGCAACGUGACUCUUAGAUCAGAAGAUUUCUCUAUCAAAGCUCACCGACUUGUUUUGGCGUCAUGCAGUGAAUACUUCCUUGCUAUGUUCAGUGGAAAUUGGGCAGAGUCAAAUGAAGGAGAAGUUCCACUCAAAGGAUUGACUGCGGUUGGACUUCAGGCAGUAGUGGAGUUUGCCUACUAUGGCAAAUUCUCACCAAACUCGCUAAACAUUUCCGAGAUUAUUUCAGCUCUUCAUCAGUGCAUGGUUAUCGAUGGGUUAGAACUCUGUGAGAACUACAUGAUUGAUAACUUGGAUGAAUCCAACUUUGCACAAUUUUUUGAACUUUCAGAAACUUUUCAGUUUAAUCGUGUCAUGUCCCGCAUAGUUUGUUUUAUCUUGGAUUUAAUGCCAACAAUGGUCUCAAGUGAGAAUUCGGACAUAAAUCCUUGCAUUUUUCAAGUGGAACGAAACUUGUUAAAUCUUGUGCUGGCAAAAUGGGAUUAUUCGGCAGCUGGCUUUGGUCAGUUUGCUGCAAUGAUGCUUGUUCUGCAGUGGGCUAGAUCAGACCUGAAUGAUCGAAAACAAUAUAUUACUGGGCUGAUGACAAGCCUCCUGAAAAGAGAAAUCACCACGUCUGCUGCUGGUGAACUGUUGGCGUAUGUUGAGGAGGGUUCAGCAGAGCAGGAAACCUGCCUAUUAGUUACUGGAUCAUCAGACUCACUAUUGGCUUACAACUCGGAGCUAAAAAAAUGGUACGAGUUGCCAACAAUUGACAUCGCCAGAGAUUUUCGCGGAACUGCUGUGGUAGAUAAUUGUUUGUAUAUUUGUGGUGGAUUUGAUGGAACUGUAUGUGCUGAAUGCUACAAGUAUGUUCCUCACAUAGACCGCUGGUUUUUGAUCAAGUCGAUGCAAAGAAAACGAGGAUUCUUCCCCCUUGUUGGUUUCUCUGGCAAACUUUAUGCUAUUGGUGGGAUGCCAUCGGAGAGUGAUGAUUAUCACAAAUCUGUUGAGUUUUAUGAUCCAGCAGCAAAUUUGUGGUGUGAGGGUGUCCCUCUGCCAAAAUCACUCGCUGCGCAUGCUGCUGCUCCACAUGGCGGCAACAUAUAUGUAAGUGGUGGUUUCAGUGAAGUAGAAGACGUUGGCUCGGAUGAACUCUUAUGUUACAGUUGUGUAGAAGGUGCUUGGUCAUAUAAGAAAAGCAUGCUUGAGGGACGAUUGUCUCAUGCAAUGGUGGCUCAUAAAGAUUGCCUUUUUGUGUGCGGUGGUGAAGAUGACUCUGAUCAGCUUCAUUCUAGUACAGUCAAUGAUCCAUUGAUUGAGGUCUAUGACAUAUCAACUGAUAACUGGACUAGAAUGAAUAUCUUUGAAAGACCAGAUUUUACCUCAGUGCAUGGUUUCUGCUCUUUUGGUGACCUUCUCUACUUCAUGUUUGAGAAUUGUUUACUUGAAGAUGUAGGACCACCAUGUCCUAACAAGUCGAAGGACUGGAAGUUGUUAGUGGCAACUUAUCAACCUAGUGCUGGAAGUAUGAUUAGUCUGUGUGAGGGUGACUCCAUUGUUUGGAUGGCUUCCAACUCGAGUGGCCUAGGGCGAUGGUCUGCCCCUGCCUGGGUGGUUAAAAUACCUUCUCUGGUGAUGCAAUACAUGUCAUUGUACGGGUGACUUGAAUAGUUUAAAUACCGGUUCUGGUGUUUCUAAGUAAGGAAAUCACUGCUAAUCUGUUUCACGAUGACACUGUGAUUCUUGAACCCGUGAACUUCACAGUGCGGGAUGUUGGCCAAAUGUGACCCGUCACAGCAAAACCAGGCGCAUGUCGCUCUGAGCUUGGCAGGUUGAGACGGACUGUCUGUUCAUUUCUCUAUUGUCUGCCUUUUGUGAAAUAUGAGCACAUCAAUUUCUUCCAUUAUCUCCUGGUGUCAUUUAGGCUCAUCUUCUGUGCGACAAGCCCUGGUUUUGCUGUGACGGGUCACAAAUGGGGAAAUAAGAGAAUUUUUGGCAUAGACUCCUGGUCUCAAACAUCAAGCAGAUGAUCUUAACAAGGACACAAUGAUAAUAUCAACUGUUCUAUUUUAUU